CAGAACGCAAUGAGAGUCCCUCGCAACGUUGUGAACAUGAUCAGCGACACGGUGACGCAGCCGUGCGCCCGCAUGCGUCAGGCCAUGGCGACGGCGGUCGUAGGCGACGAUGUACAUGGCACGGAUCCAACGGUGCGCGAGCUGCAGCGCACGGCCGCGGACCUGCUCGGCAAACCCGCGGCGUUGUUUGUGCCUUCAGGCACCAUGGGUAAUCUCAUUGCGGUCGGCGUGCACUGCAACCGCGGGGACGAGGUCAUUCUCGGCAACAAGUCGCACGUGUUCAAGUACGAAGGCGGCGGCGUGAGCGCGUUCUUGGGCGCGAGCAUGCACACGGUUCCCAACCAGCCCAACGGUGAAUUACGACUGGACGACGUCGAAGCCGCCAUCCGAGACGACGAUCCCCAUUACCCAAAGACUAAACUGGUGAUUGUUGAGAAUACUCACAACACAUGCGGCGGGCGAGUGGUGUCGACGGAUGCCGUCGCGGCCAUCGGCGCUCUCUGCGUCCGCCGAGGGCUCCAUCUACACAUCGACGGUCACCAUUGUCAUAAUGUAUACACUUGCAUCAGAUUUUGUAUCAUUUUAGGCGCGCGGUUAGCCAAUGCCAGCGUGUACUUGGACCAAUCCAUGGCCGAGAUGGUGGCGCCAGUCGACUCGGUGUCGCUCUGUCUGAGCAAGGGACUCGGCGCUCCCGCCGGGUCUAUCAUUGCUGGUUCUGAAGACUUUAUCUAUCACGUACAGUACACCAACCACACUAUGUUGGGAUGACAAAGAUUCGAUUCACGCUGCAUAUAUAAUUAGUUCGUCGGAUUUUCUUUUUUUUUUUUGUCCAAAUAUACUGCAUGUACCAUUGGUUUCGCUAGGCAACGCGUUUGCGAAAGGCUCUGGGCGGUGGUAUGCGACAGAGUGGCGUCCUUGCAGCCGCGGGGCUCGUUGCAUUGGGCAAUAUUGAUCGACUUGCUAUCGACCAUAGCAAUGCGCUGCGCUUGGCCCUUGGCUUGGCUAAAAUUCCAGGCAUCCACGUAAAUGUGGAUGUGGUGGAGACGAAUUUGGUGUAUUUUUCACUGGAUGCGGCGGCCAUGUCGAUGGUGGACUUCCUUGCGCACCUCGAAGACGACCAUGGCGUGUGGCUUGGUGGGGGAUAUGGCAAAAGCGGGAAUCAAAUUCGAGCGGCGCUGCACCUGGAUGUCAACCAAGAUGACGUUGAGUACACGCUCAAAGCUAUCAAUGCAGUGCUGUCUUACUAACCAAGCGAUCAUUGUUUUGCAGACAGCAACAUGACUAACUAGUACUACCUCUGUCCCGGUUUUAUU